AUGAAGACAAACAUCUCACUGACAGUCACUGAAGUGGACGUUUUACUGUCAGAACCAAAGACAAGAGCAGGAUUUUUAAGACAUUCACUUGAAAUAACUUUAGAUGCAAACACAGCACACGCAAAUCUUCUAUUAUCUGAGGAGAACAAAAAAGUAACAGUAAUGGAAGAACAACAGCCUUAUCCUGAUCAUCCAAACAGAUUUACUGGUUGGCUUCAGGUUCUGAGCAGAGAGAGUCUGACUGGACGUUGUUACUGGGAGGUGGAGUGGAAAGGAGAAAAGAUUGAUUUAGCAGUGUCAUACAAAAAUGUCAGCAGAGCAGGAGAGCAGGGGGAAUGUGUGUUUGGAUUUAAUGAAAACUCUUGGUCAUUGUACUGUGAAACAAACAAUUGCAAAUUUUACCACAACAACAUUAAAACUCUAGUACCGGGUCCACUUUCCUCCAGAAUAGGAGUGUAUCUGGAUCACAGAGCAGGUAUUCUUUCUUUCUACAGCGUCUCUGAAACCAUGACUCUCCUCCAUAGAGUCCAGACCACAUUCACUCAGCCUCUAUAUGCUGGGGCUGGGUUUUAUGAUGAUGGUGACUAUGCAGAGUUUAUCAAACUGAUCUGAGGUCCAGAUGGUUUAAUAUGUAAUAUAUACAUUUUAGUUCCAUUUCAUUUAGUCUCUAUUGUUGCUGAGAUAAACUUUAAUUAUUAUGAUCAUCAUCAGUCGGGACGUCAGUCUGUUAGGAAUCCAGUUUGUGUGGGUUGUUUGUGUGUCCCUUCUCUCUACACCACCAGGUGGUGCCCUGUCUUCGUUGGGCCU